AUUCUAUUCUAUUAUGUGGUUCUCAACCAGUUUUACUAUAUUUGCCUCACUACUUGCCGCUCUCAUGCUUCCUUAUCAUUAUGUGGGCGUGUGUGUGUCCUAAAAAAAAACCGUCUAACAGGUUAUACCAACCUCCACCUAUCUAGUGGGCCCUCGCAAGGUCACUGCUGACAAACACAGGCGAAGAUAUUUUCCCUGUUCUUCCAUUAACUUCUAUCCGCGCUAUCUAUGUUCAUUCUGCCAGACGUGACCUAACACAUGAGAUCAGGUAUGGCAAAACAAGCUGCAACAUGACCGGUCAUGUGGAAAGGUGUGUAUGCGGCGCGGCGCUGGAAGAGGAAGUGAGGCCGAACCGACAUACGUUGUACAUGUCUCGACUGUGUCAAGAACGCACGGGUUUGGGUUUUCCAAACUGAGGCGUCAGGCGCCGAUGAGCAGUUUCUGGGUCUUGUGUGCGCUCCUGCGCGCCAAGGAACGCGCGAUGGCGGUGGCACUGUGGCGCGGCGCAGCGAUCCUGCUCUGCUGCGUGUGCUCGUGCGCCAGUGCGGAGGAAGACUGCGUCCUCGGGAUAGUGGGGAAGCCGGUGAUCCUGCCCUGCCUUUACUCUAACCUGAGAACGGCUCUGAACUUUUCCAUUGAGUGGAGAAAGAACGACACAGCUGUGCUCAGAUCGCUGUGGGACGAGGACGGCAACGUGGAGACAUGGAGCUGGAAUCACGCAGGGAUUCCCAGGGAUGCACCUUUCACAAAAAACUUCUCCCUGGAGCUGCCAUCUGCUCGUGUCAAAGAUGACAGGAGCCAAUUCAGCCUUUUCUUGCUUUCAGGGGAGAACCAGAGUGCCCCACUGUGCACCCAGUGCCUCCGGGUCGCAGCCAGUUUCAGCACUCCUGAGGUGAAGAAGGAGCGGUCAGGAGAGGCGUAUGAGUGGACCUACCAGUGCCACUCCUCAGGAGGCUACCCAAAGCCUGCGGUUUACUGGCUCUACAACAACAGCCAGGAGCCUCCCAACGGCUCGGUGACGACCCGGGCCCAGUUGCUGCGAGGAUCCGAUCUGUACAACGUCACCAGCUGGCUGACAACCCACCCUUCCAAUGACACCACGGUGUCGUGCGUCAUCGAGAACCCGGUCCUGAACGAGACGCUGGCGUUCACAUACGGAGCGAGCAGCGGACCCGUGGAGUGGCGGCCGUCACAGGGCAUGUGGAUCUUCAGCACGGUCCUGAGUGUGCUGGUCGCCAUCAUGGUGAUCGCUGGCGUGUGCUAUCAGAUCAAGCUGGACAAGAUAAGCAAGAGGCUUAAGAAGGAAUACCAGGAGGAACCGCAGAGAGGACGACGACGUCGGUACAAGCAGACAACAGAGACCAUGAUGCUGGAGCCAGAAGAGACUGACGUGUGAAAAAAAAAA